AUGUGCACUACAAAAUCAAACCAGGGGAUCAGUGUUGGGCGUAAGGCGAACGCCGUCGAGUGGCACAUCCAAGGGGGCUCUGCACGUGAUUCCGCGUACCUACCACGUAUGGAGACUAACACAGACAGUUUCUCUUGGGUCUUUGGAUCAAUAACUCGCCCUUCGACUGCUGCAAAUACUCGACUCCCAGCCGUUAAUUCAUCAUUCACCCUUCUCUCACGGACGCCAUACAUCACAGCCAACAGACGUUCCGAUUCGUUCCUGUGGAUGGCGAAGGAGCGAACACCAGAGGUACACCAUCUCGAACUAGCACGUCAAGGAGGUGUUGAAGGAAUUGCCAGAGUCAUUGGCACAGCACCAUCACCAGCGGGAAAGUCCACUUCUAGGAAGCGCAGAUUUCCAGAGAAGGAGGCCCAGCUAUCCAAGCAGUCACGUUUCAUCGGUCAGCUGUCUAGGGAUGACCCAGAAGACGAACUAGUCUUCUCGGUACAAUCGGUACAUCAGCCGAGCAUCUUUGAUAAGAAUGGAGACAACUCCUUACGAUAA